AUGGUGAACCCGAAGAAAAGACCAGCUUCUGAGCAAGCACAGCUAGCCAAGUCAAAGGCAGUACGCCCAUCCGCAAAACGGCGGGUAGAACGGAGAAUAGCAGGACAUCAAGAAUAUCUUAAGCGUAACGCGACGGACUUUAUUCGUCACGAUCCAGCAACGGAAACGUUGCCCGAUCUAAUCGCCUACCAUGAUCACUUCUUGAAAGCUGAGAGGGCCUGUCUGGCGAUCCCACAAGACCUCAUGCUAUCUGUCAAGCCAGAUAAUGACCCUCAAUUAGCCGCAAGUCUCAGACCCAAGCUCAACGAGGUAAUGGAUGAGUACCAAAGCGAACCCGAGCGUGUGGCAGUUGUCGGCAAGACUGGCCAAGGGAAAUCGAAACUAAUAGAUGCUAUCUUGGGCAUCGAUGGGAUUGCAAGAUCGUAUCAAUGCGCUCCAAAAUCUGUUCAGCGACCUCCCGAAUUCGCAUCGAUCGAAUCUAUUUCAUCAUUCCUAGGAUUUGACUUGCCGUCCAAAGUACCAUCAGUAGCGAAGCAAAAGGAUGCGUUCGACCAAUGCGUCAAAUGGGCUGAGGAACGACGCCAGAAAAUCGUCAACAUGUCCGCACAGGGUAUCUACGCUACCAAUAUGACCGAGCUUCGGCAGGAACUUGCGCAAUUCAGCGACGACCAAACAAAGAUGGACGACACGAAGCUUGGCUUCAACCCUUCGUCGUUCGUAGAGAGGAUUGAGGUCUUUGGUGACUUUCGGAUUCGCUACUCAAUCGGCGACUGCCCUGGACUACAGGACGUCAACAAGGCAAGCUUGUGCCCUUCCCAGGUUGACAUCGCUCAAGCUAACCUAGUCGUAGUCGCCGAAGAAAUCACGCGAGCUGGCGACAGCGCGUUUCUUGACCACUUAAUCAAGGACCGUACUACAAGGAGACCCGAUCAACGCAUCAUCAUCGUCUUGACAAAGGGAGAGUCCAAUCUGGACCCUUCGGAUCGCAAAGAUGCAUCAUUCAACCAACAUGAGAUAGCUGAUCUCGACUGGCUAGCCGAACGUAAAGUAGAAACUCGGAGAAAGAAAGACAGCUACGCGCCAACAGACUACGCGCAAAGAGACCACUGCGCCCGCGAGAUCGCUUUCAUCACCCUCGAAGAACACGAAAUAUGUGCCAGAGAACGAGGUCGUCGCAUCAGCGACAGGCUUAGGAAAAGAUUCGCAAAGUACCAGAACGAAAAUUUGACAGUUAUGACGACUUCGGCCAUAGACUACAUGCAGCAUGUCGAGGGCUACCACCAGUAUACCGACGACUAUCUGCCGCUGUCCGUUGAGUCCACCGGAAUCCCCAAUUUAUGCAAGGAACUCGCCGCCAUAGCCAACGACAGGCUGCAGAAAGAUCUACUACGCUUCUACAACCGAACAUUACCCGAGCUCUUCAGCUUUAUCCAGCUCGCUUGCAGCACGACUUCCACACCGGUGCAGUCAGGGCCCAGGUUCAACUUUGAAGAUUACGCAUCCGGAUUCUUGAAGCAGCUCGAAGUCUUCCUCGACGCCGUCAAAACACAACUCAUCGAUCCGAUGAUUGAGACCAUGAGAAAAGCAGUCGGCGAUUGGAAGAACGAAGCUCGUGACCUCAAUCGUUGGCGCAAGUUGCACGGCAACGCCGUACGAACCUACUUGAUGAAACUAGGCAACCAUCGAAUAAGGGGACAGCCGGAGUGCAGUUGGAACAUUCUGCUUCUGCGUACUGUGCAACAGACGCUCGACCCACUGUUUAAGCAUCUCAUAGCGGAAGUAUCCUCCAGGCUGGGUAGCCUUGCAUACCAACUAGAAGGAGACGUUGACAAUUUCCUGGAGGCCCUUCUCGGUGCCGCUGAGCAACUCGACAACAACACUUUCGGAGCGAACCACGCCGACAAGAAACCGCAGCUCUACAACAUGUAUAAUGUUGUCGGCAAAGACCUCAUGAUAUUCCUUCGGCUGUUCCGAGGACGUCUUACUGAAGACGGCAACGGUGACUUCUUUCCCCAAAAAAUGAAACCGGUCUACACUGCCACAUUAAAGGCAAAACCGAUAGGCAAGUUGACCAUGAAAGAGGUGCAGAUGCAGACACUGGAAGCGCGCAUAUGCGGAAACAACAGUCCCUACGACAAAAUGGUCGACCAGUUUGAAGCCGCUUGGAAAGCCAAGAAGAUAGCGUUGUUGGAGAUUGGCAGACAAGCUAUCGCAUUUCACAUAGCAGAGAUCAAGGCGUCGUACAAGCAACUCUGCACUCCUGAGCCGCAGGAUAAUUCCAUGACGCUGCUGCGCGCUGAGCUGGAGCGCAAGGUUGGCGUGGCGAGGGAACAGUGCAAGGGACCUAUUCUGACUUCUCUUCUUGAAUGCGGGCUUGAUCCGAACUUGAAGAAAGUGAAGAAAGAGCCGAAAGUGAAGAGAGAGAAGAAGGUCGCGAAGGUGGAGAAGUAG